UGAAGCUCUUCACCUCAUUUGCUUCAGGGCUCGAAUUUGUCUUGGCCAAAUCUAAUCUGAUAGUCUAUAAGCUGCAACUACUCAGCGAGCAAUAUGGGGGACACCAACAUCACACCAGCAACCACGGCAACAGAGCCAGAACUCGUGCAAGGCCUAGCUCACGAGAUCCCGUCUGAUGGCGCGCCCAACAGUUCCGAGUCGCAAGCUCUCGCCACUCGACUGCAACACCUAUCCCUCGCAGCGCAGACGAUCCAUGCAGACGACUACCUCAACUCCCACCCGUCCAUUGCGCCGCCAAUGCACGUCUCGACCACGUUCCGGUACAAUGACAAUCCGGACGAGCUGUACCCCUGGGCCAACAAGAACCCCCUCAACCCCCACGACUCGCACAUAUACUCCCGCGACAGCGCCCCCAACGCCACCCGCCUCGAAGCCAUCCUAACCUCGAUCCUGCACGGGCCCACGCUCUCCUACUCCUCGGGCCUCGCCGCCUUCCAUGCGCUCCUGACCUUCCUCAACCCGCGCCGCAUCGCCAUCGGCGGCGGCUACCACGGCUGCCACGGCGUCAUCAAGCUCAUGUCCAAACUCACAGGUCUCCAAAUGCUGGACCUCGACUGCCCCGACGCCGAUCUCCAACCGGGCGACGUUUUGCACGUUGAGACGCCUUUGAACCCAACUGGCGAAGCACGGGAUCUGCAGUUUUAUGCCGAGAAAGCAAGGCGGACGGGCGCGUACCUUACAGUAGAUGCCACUUUUGCGCCGCCGCCGCUGCUGGACCCACUCCAAUGGGGCGCCGAUGUGGUGAUGCAUUCCGGGACCAAGUACUUCGGAGGGCACAGCGAUAUGCUGUGUGGGGUGUUGGCGGUGGCGCCGCGGCACGCCGGUAAAUGGAUCCAACUCAUGCGGGAGGAGCGGUUGGUGUUGGGGUCUACGCUGGGGAGUUUGGAGGGUUGGUUGGGGUUGAGGAGUUUGCGGACGCUGGAGGUGAGAGUUAGGAAGCAGAGUCAGGAUGGGGAGAAGUUGGUAAAGUGGUUGACGGGGGAGAUGGCGAGAGAAGGGGGGAUUGUGAAGGAGAUGGUUCGGGAGGUUCGGCACGCGAGUUUGCAGAAGGAAGCGGAGGAGGAGGGGAGUUGGUUGAAGAGGCAGAUGCCCAAUGGGUUUGGCCCCGUGUUUUGCUUUUUUAUGAAGGAUGAGGCGGAUGCGAAGAGGCUGCCGAGUAAACUGCAGCUGUUCCAUCACGCCACGAGCUUGGGUGGUGUUGAGAGCUUGAUCGAGUGGAGGUCCAUGUCGGACGUCGAGUGUGAUAAGCGGUUGCUCAGAGUUAGUGUCGGUCUGGAAGGUUGGGAGGACCUGCGGGAUGAUUUGGUUCAGGCCUUCGAUGCGUUGGCUAAGGAGAAAAAGGCAGCUUGAAUCGGCUUAGAAGACGACCUGUCGAAGCCCCUAGGGUGAUCUUGGCGAAUUGAAAUGACAUUCGGUCUUCUAUAUCUACCCGCACCGUGAGGCUCAAUGUGUACUCUGAACUGGUGUCCAUCCCAGACACAUCUUCAGUAGAAGACCUCCAGUAUCGAUGUCACCGAUUUCUGAUUAGAACCC